GCUACGUACUAACGACAAUCAGUCUCACAGAUAAGAUGUCUCGUUUCUGGCAACAAAUAUGUUUCUAUUGUUUGGUGACAAUCGUGAUCGCAUAUUCCAUCGUCUCCGCUGAAGAUGCGUUGCUGUUAAAAUCGUGUGAUCAACGCUUCAAAGAUACACGCAGUUUGAUAUUUGUCAGUACAUUGGAUGGAAAGAUAUCAGCCCUCAAUGCUAGCAACUAUGGCAAAGAACAGUGGACUGUUGAUUUUAACAAUGGGCCAAUGUUGUCAUCCAGUAUUCAUGAUACAGAACUUAAUAAUAAUGGACAAUGGGUACGUUUAAUCCCAUCUUUGAGUGGAAAAUUAUAUAAAUUUGAUGGAGAAAAUUUGGAAACGAUGCCGAUAACAGCAGAUCAGUUAUUACAUUUAUCGCUUCGUUUUUCUGACGAUUUAGUCUAUGCUGGUGGCAAAGAAUUACAUUCUUACGGUGUAUUCGCCAAAACAGGAGAAAUAAAAUAUAAAUGUGUUUCUGGUGUUUCUGAAUGCAAAAAUAACACUGAUAGCCAAGAAUAUAUAGAUCAAGAUAUACUUAUUAUUCAACGUUUUCAACAAACUGUGCGAGCUAUAGAAGAUCGUGCAGGUAGUGAAAGGUGGAACUUCAGCGUUGGACAAUAUGAAUUAAAACUAAAAUCUCCUGUUUUUUGUUCUAAUGAAGAUAUUGCUCUAAAUAUAGAAAUCAAAGCAGUUAUUCCAGAAGGUUUAAUUUGGGCUGUUGAUAAAAGUAAUCCUAAAGUUACAUUAUGGCAAUAUAAGUUUGAUUCUCCAAUUGUUGCAAUAUGGCGUGGAGACGUUUCUUCAGGACCUUUAGAAAAAAUUGAUUUAUUUGAUACCUCUCAAUGGGUCUGGGGAUCGGAAUAUUCUACAAUUAGACCAGAUUAUAAAUAUGUUCAACAUGUAAAAUAUCCAUGGCAGCCAUAUCCAGCAGCUAUUACUGCUGUUGUAAGUACUUUACCAGAUAAAGAUAAUGAUGAAGAUUCCAUUAAAACAAAUGAAGCACAGAAUGCAAUUGCAUUGUCUGUAUUAUAUAAUUCAGAAUAUAUUAAUGGUAAUGGAUUUUACUUAUAUUCAACGGAUCAAGUAUCUAAUAAGCAAUGUAAUCGUAGCAAUUCUGAUAUUUUACUUAUCACUGGCUUGGAACAAUCUGUGCAAAAUUAUAUUGAAGAGGAGAAUAUUACACCUGCUAAAGUUGUGAUGUCAAUUUGGGAUUGGUGGAAAGAAAUUUUAGUCAUUUCGAUUACAACUGCCUUUCUAUUGAAUUUUAUGUUGACACAACGUUUCUUUAAUGUAACGACAGUUGCUACUAAAGAUGCCAUACCUGCGCCUUUAAUAGUUGAAAGACAUAUAGAAACCAAAAUAAGUGAUACAACUAAUGAUGAUGGUGAAAAUUUUUAUUCACGUUUCUUAAUGGACUAUGAGCUAGUUGAUUGCUUGGGAAAAGGAGGGUAUGGUGUGGUCUUUGAAGUCAAAAACAAAAUUGAUGAUUGCAAUUAUGCUAUUAAAAGAAUUGCAUUGUCGAACAACGAAGAUUCAAGAGAUCGUGUCACAAGAGAAGUAAGAGCAUUAGCUAAAUUGGAGCAUCACAAUAUUGUAAGGUACUAUUAUGCUUGGUUAGAGUGUCCUCCUAGUGGAUGGCAAGAAGAGCACGAUCAACAAUGGAUUGAUAAGCUAAAAUGUUCAACUGAUUUUCUUUCAUCAGAAUUAACUCAAACCGAGACAAAACCUAAUCAUUCUGUAUACAUCGAUGUUUCACAAACUGAUCAAUCUUCUGUAGAAAGUGCCUGUGAAGCUUUUGAAUUAAAUAAAGGGGAUGCGAACGAUGAUUCGUACAUUAUAUUUGAAAGAUCAAACAAGAAACAGUAUGAUAAUAACUCGAUUUGCAUUAAUACUUAUAGUACCGAGAAUUCGGACAUAUCCUUUUCGAAUAGUAUAACUGAAAAAGAAUUGCCCAAUAAUAAUGAAACUGAUUAUUCUUUAGAAGAUAUUGUGUUUGAAGAAACUGAUAAUAAUAUUGCAAAAAAGAAAAAAGAAUGCAAACCCCAAAAACCGUUUUCCUUGGAUUUAAAGAAUAAGUCAAACACCAAGAAGUCUGCAAAAAUGUUCCUAUAUAUACAGAUGCAAUUGUGCCAAAGACUCAGUUUGAGAGAAUGGCUGAAGCAGGACACGUCAGAAAGAAAUUUUUCUCGGAUAUUAAAUAUUUUCCAACAAAUAGUAGAUGCUGUGGAGUAUGUACAUUUACAAGGAUUAAUUCAUCGAGAUUUAAAGCCAUCAAAUAUAUUUUUUGCUUACGACGAUAAAAUAAAGAUUGGUGAUUUUGGACUCGUGACUGCGAUGAUUGACGGAUGCGAUAGAACUCACACGCCUGCAGCUGAAAAUGAAAAUGUUUCUUUGAAGAACAAUGUGCAUACUGCAUGUGUUGGCACGCACUUAUAUAUGUCACUUGAACAAAUGAACGGCCAAAUUUACAACUACAAAGUAGAUAUUUAUUCUUUAGGAAUAAUUUUCUUUGAACUCCUUACACCAUUUUCUACUGACAUGGAGAGAAUAGUAACGUUAUCAAAUCUUAAAAAAUCCAUUUUUCCAAAAGAUUUUGCGAAGAAUUAUCCUGCCGAGUAUGAUUUGCUCAAAAUGAUGUUAGAUGAGGACCCUACGAAGCGACCUACGACAUUGGGUAUUAAAGCAAGACCUCCUUUGCUGAAUUAUGAAAUAGUUGAUUUUAAUACAGAUAAAGAUUCAAAAUGGCAUUUUGAAUUGCCGCAACUGACUAGACAUUCCUCUUUAACUAACAGUAGCAAUAGCAACGGCGAUUUGCCUGAGAAUAUAAAUUAA